GUAGGUUCUUCUGAAACAGUCUGUGGUUAAAACUCAGAUUGCAAAAGAAAAUGAAGAGUGAGCGGGAAAUGGAGGGAGAUAUUUUAAAUAGAACUGGUUCUGUUUACAUGAAUACAAAUAAGAGGUAUAAUGCAAUUCUAAUCCAGCUUCUCUUGCUGAGUGAAGGACUUCCUGCUGUUGUAUUUGGACACAUUCGUGUUCAGACCACCACAGAGGGACAAGACAUAGAAGUAAAAUGUCAGUUUAAAAAGUCUGGACAUAAAAGACUCUUCUGUAAAACUUACUGUGAUAAAAACGAAAACAUUUUGGUGGAGACUACAGGAGACAGAGGUGAGAAAGACAGAUACAGUAUUCAAUAUGAUGUACAAACCAAUAUAAUGACUGUGGGAAUCAAGAAGGUGCAGCUGUCUGACUCUGGACAAUACCAGUGCAAGUUGGAAAGGACUUUUUGGUUUAAUAGCAUGUGGUCUGAUGCCGAAGAUACAUUUCAGAUUAGCGUCCUCAAAGUGAAAAAACCUACUCCUCGUGUCCCUCCUGUGAUCCAAACAACAACUGCAGUCAGACCCACACAGAGGCCUGGUCCAAGUCCUAGUCCGGAUUCAAACUCUAGCGCCACCACCAGACCUGAACAUGAACUACAGUCUGAGGCUCCACACAGAUCUUCACAAACAGGUUCUGUGCUGUACAUUGGAGUGACUCUUGCAGUGAUUCUGAUGAUCUUCUCAGUUGUUCUUUUAAUAUUUUACUGCAAAAAGAAAGAAAACAAACCCACAGAGUUUGCGGUGAACAGAGAGUUGGGGGAAGUUCCAGAGGGGGACAGGGAGUACGAGGAGGUGCCGGAGCGACAGGUGCAGAGCACAUCUGACAGGGGUUCUGACAUUUACAGUUUGGCCUCAGCUCCAGCUCACACACAGGUGGACUCAGGGCUGUACUCUGAGGUGGCAGACUUCAGCAGGAACAGCGCCCCCCACAGUCGGGCUGAGGCAGUGAUCUACUCUGCAGUGCAAACUCAAGACACUCCACUGUACUCCAACUUUUCUGCUCUGCAAUAAUAGUUAAAGCUCCCACAUGAUGCUUUGAGGAUAUCUUUACAUUGAUUCUUGUGUAUUUAAUGUUUAUGUUUGGUUCAGUUGUUUAGCAGGUGAAUUAUAUAAAACAAUAGACUAUAUAAUUCACCUGUAAUUGAAUAUCUUUUAAAUGGAGCUAGUGUAAACUCAGCCUGGAAGACCAAACUGUGCUUCCAUCUACCAACACCACUUCACCUGCUCCUCAGUCUUCAUAACCUCACUCCAAUGACUCCUCCUCUCACCUCCUCUUCAUCCAAUCAGCAUCCAGUCUGCUCAGUUUAAAUCUCGUCCCCAGCGCUCCCUUGUCUUCUCAUCCUCUCAUCGUCUCCUUCACUCUCCUCGGCUUCACCUCCACCACCUCCAGGGUCCAGACCCCGGGGGGAAGACAUCUCCUAAACAUCAUCUAACCGACCACAUCCUCCAUCGUAAUGUCUUCUGCUGGAGUCUGAGCGCCAAAGAUAACUCAUUCAAUAAAGUUUAUACUAACACUU